CUUGUCUGGUGUGUGCUAUCCCGUCUGACCAUGCGGAUGUUUUCUUCUUCCCAUGAUGCUUUGCUCCAGCAUGGCUGCCCCGUACUGUCGACAUGUGUUUAGAAUAAACACUUUCUGACUUUUACAAACUGAUUUAAGUUCUAAAUGAUUUAAGUUCUAAAUGUGUCAUUUUAAUCGCGGGGCAGAAUCGGAAUCGAAGUGAAGUGGCGACACGCACCGAAGCGAAGAUGAAGCUGAAAUCCAAGUCUUCCUCUCACAAGUCUGAGAACACAUACAGGUUUCUCACUUUUGCUGAAAGACUAUCCAAUGUCAACAUUGAUGUCAUCCACCGCAUCGACAGAACGGGAUCAUAUGCAGAGGAAGUAGAAACCCAUUUCUUUGAAGGCCUGACAAAAUGGAGGGACCUCAAUUUGACAGAAAAUUUCACUACAUUUUUCAAGGAGGUCUUCAACAAGAGCCAAUCCUUCCACAUGUUGGUUUUUCAUCAGAAGUCCAUAGUGGAGAGUCUGAAAAGUCACUUAUCUGUCAAGAGCAAUCUUGCCUAUCAACCUCUGCUGGACCUGGUGGUGCAGCUGGCCAGAGACCUGCAGACCGACUUCUACCCUCACUUCCCGGACUUUUUCACUCUGAUCACGUCAAUGCUGGACACCAAGGACACAGAGGUGCUGGAGUGGGCUUUCACCUGCCUCUCCUACCUGUACAAGUACCUGUGGCGGCUCAUAGUGAAAGACAUGGUCAACAUAUACAGCUUGUACAGCACACUUUUGGAGCACAAAGAGGAGCACAUCCGCAAGUUUGCAGCAGAGAGCUUCUCACAUCUGAUGAGAAAGGUUCCGGACCUGGACGCUCUACUCACUCACGUGUUCUCGGACCUGUGUCAGCACCCGGACAAGGCAGAGGGCGUCGGCCAGCUGCUGUUUGAGAUGUGCAAGGGAGUCCGCCACAUGUUCCACUCCUGCGCUGCAACGGCUGUAGCCACUGCGUUGCGGAAGCUGGGGCCCACGACCAGCCCGGGAGUACCUUUGCCGUGGGACCUGGCGCGAGAUGCUCUGGACCACACAGCCCAGGCCGCAGCCGGUUAUGUGGACAAGGAGCACUUCUUGGUUUUUUGGGAGUCCCUGCAGGCCAUUGUGGCAGAGGUCCACGGCGUCAUGGAGGCCGAGGGAGACGAGGCUGAAGCAGCGGGUGAGCAGCUCCAAAGGCUGCUGUUCAUCCUCCACACCUUAGUGUCUCACAAAGACGGAGCCAAGAUCACAGAGCCGGAGAACGUCUGCAAAACUGUGCUGCGUCUGCUGGAGGGCGUGGCCCUCCCAGCUUCCUGUUCACGGCUGCUUCUCCAAAUUGUCUCGUCCUUGCUCCUCGGGGAGAACGUCAGCCUCCCCAGGGCUGUCAUCCAGGAGAUCAUCUGCAAAGUGUUUGACAGCACAGUUGGGGAAGAUCUGAUCCUGGAGUUCACCAAGGAGACGCUGACCAUGAAACAGUUUGAGCAGCUUUUCUUGCCCACCCUCCUGCGGUACGCCGCCGGCUUGUUUGCCCGCGGCGACCCCCUGUCUCGCCAUUGCGCCCUGGACGGGCUGGUCAGCCUCAUCCUGGCCAAAGCCCCGCCCCCUACAGAUGGCUCCAUGGCGUUUGAGACAUACCCACUCGUCUUUACGGGCCAGACCGCCGGUCAUAAGGAGGAGUGCCAUGGCCGGCUGGAGCAGCCUACGGUGCCAAAAAGGGUUCUGUCCCUCAUUACGCUUCCUGAAAAGCAGAACGGGCCUAUCACAGAUCUAUCACUACCUUGGAGUGCACUCGUGCUACUGCCGCACCUCAGGCCUCAUGUUGCGGCUGAUGUCGUCCCCGCUGUCACGGCCUUUUUAAACCACCUCUUGAAUGAAAUCACAUCGGAAAAGUUGGGGAAAGCUGGUCUGUUUGUGGCCACACAAGCCCUCAGCUGCCUCCUAACUCUGGAUAGUUCCGCCCAGCUGCUCUCGUUGGUCCCUGUGGACAGAAUCACCUCCAUCUUGCGGAAGUUCCCAUCGGAGCUGUCGUCCCUGCUCUUAGGAGACCUCUACUACACCCGCUUGUCCGUUAGCGGCGCUUCGGAGCACCUGUCCCAUGAUGCACUGCAGGAUAUCUACCAGAUCCUGCAUGGCAACCUAUCUUCCAACAUAUCAAAGAUGCGCCUACUAACGCUGAGGAUCUUUUCGCAAUUCGAGCCGCAGCUUCCUGCGCCGGGAGAGCAUGACGACCACGCGGACGUGCAGCCCGUGUUCUGCGUCUGCCUGCAGGCCGAGCUGGUGCCGGCCUCCCUGCAGGACGAGCGGGAGAAGCUGCUGCACCUGGAGAAGCUGCGGCACGACCUGGUGCAGCGCAGCCUGCCGCUGGGUGCCACCUUCCAGCAGGUGCCGCUGCGUUACCUCCUAGCAAUGCUGUUUGUCAACUUCAGGCCGCUAUGGGACGCCGUCAUUGAACUUCUCGGGAGCCACGCCAGAGGGAUGGACAACAAAAACUUCUGGGCGGUGUACCAUGAACAUCUGGAGAAGGUGGCAGGAUUAGCCGAAAAAGAACUGCAGGAGAGUAGUUAUGAUGACGAGAGCGACGAUGAGGCCAUGGACCUCCAGGGGGAGCCAGGUUGCGACGUCAUCGAAAGCGGCGACUUAGGGGUCCUGUUCCUGCAGCACCUCAAGCUGACCUCGGACCUCCACGACAGGACGGAUUUCCCCAACUUCCGCAGCCUGAUGUGGCGCGCCAUGGCCCAGUUCCCGGACAGGGUGGAACCCCGCAGCCGGCAGCUGAGCCCUCUGCUGCUCAGGUUUAUCCGGAAUGAGUUCUACCCCGCCGACAUGCUGGUGGCGCCCACUCAGAACCUGAGAAAGAAGGACUCUCCCGCCGUGAUCGCGGCUGCGGGUGGAGAGGAAGAGCAGGAGGAAGAAGAAGAAGAAGAGGAGGAGGAGGAUAAAGAAGAGGAGGUCAAACAGCGGAGGAAAGCGCCACCACGGAGAGCGGCCGCAAAACAGCUGAUCAGCCACCUCAACGUUUUUGCCAAGUUCGCCACCCCCCGCUCGCUCUACCUGGAGAGCAGCCUGAGAGAAGUCUACGAGCAGUUCCUCUGCCAUCAGGACCAGCACAUUCAGCGAGUGGCCCUUGAAUGUCUUCUCACAUACAAGGACCCCAAUGUCAUCCCGUACAAGGAGAAUCUGCAGAGGCUGCUGGACGACAAGCACUUUAAAGAAGAAAUUGUCCAUUUCAACAUCUCCGAGGAAACAGGAGUUGUUGAGGCUUCCCACAGAGCUGCGCUCAUUCCAUUACUCAUGAGAAUCCUGUUUGGUCGUCUGCGCAGCAAAGGCGGCAGUCGUUUCCAGGGGAAGUCCAGCGCCGCAUCCCGCUCCUCCAUCAUCCUGCGCUUCCUGGCCAGUUGCCAGACGGAGGAGCUGGGAAUGUUUAUCGACCUGCUGCUGGAGCCCGUCCACCAUCAUAGCCAGGGUUCCUGUUUGGCGGCGGUGGAGAAAGCGGUGACGGAGCUCGACAUAGGCGCCGUGCUGCCGCUGGGCCGCCAGCACAGUCUGUUGAACAUCAUCGACAUGGUCAUCCAGAAACUGGGCCACCUGGUGGAACUCUACCUGCCCAAAGUGCUGCAGAUCCUGCUGUGUAUUACCGCCUCCGUGUCCGCCGUGCUGGAGCGGAGGGAACAGGUGCAGCCCGGUUGCAUCGGUCCUCUGAAGAACUUGAGGCGUCUCGGGAUCCUGAGGGUCCAGGAUUUUUUCGACAACUUUGAAAGCUUGACUUUCACCGCCGAUCAGCUCGACGGCGUCUUCCUGGCCGUUGUUUGGCCUCAGGUGACUCGCCUCAAGUCAGAGAGCACUUACUCGCCCACUCCCCUGCUGAAGCUCAUUCACGUCUGGUGCAAACAUGCCAGGUAUUUCCCGCUCCUGGCCAAACAGCGCACAGGCCACCCCGAGUCUGAUGUCCUCCAAAACGUCUUCGCCAUCCUCGGCGCCAGGAACGCUUCUCCGGUCACCACCGCGGUGGUCAUGGACAUAGCAGAGUCCCUGUCGACCAAAGAGGACUUUGUCGCCAUGGAAACGGAGACCAAUGAGGACUUUGUCGCCAUGGAGACCGAGAUGAGCGAGGGUCAAAGAGAGUCAGCAGGUUCAUCAACACUGGGCUCCAGGCUGCUCCUGCCUCACGUCUCCACCCUGCUGCAGUACCUCAGCGGUAUGGUCUGCAACACUGCCCGGCUCAAGAAGAAACAGUUCCGCCCGCAGGUGUCUAAGGAACUCAACAUUCUCUCCAAGAUCAGCCGAUUUGUCAGCGAUAAGGAGCAGAGUUCGACGCUCAUCAGACUCUUGCUGCCUCACUUGCAGAAGGGCAACGUCCCUCAAGAGACAGAACUGGACAUCCUCGCCACCGUUGGGAACCUGCUGCAACAGUGCGUGCAGCCUUCGGCCUUCCUGCAGCCGCUCAGCAAGCUCUUCUCAGUCCUUCACAACAAGCUGCCCAGACAGGCGCUCACCAGCGUCUUCCAGACUCUGUCAGACCUGGAUCCUUCGCUUAAGUACAUCACUGACAUGGCCACAAAGCUCAACGCCUUCGACAGUCGCCACUUGGACGAAAUUCACUUCGACGUGCGCCUGAUAGCGUUCCAGGACGCCAGCAGGCACGUGCGAGACAUGAAGACCCUGGACCUGGACUACAUCAGCACGCUCGUGCACAUCUGCUUCCACACUUACGAGAUUGGCGAUAUGUCCCUGGGAGACAACGCCACCUUGUGUCUGUCAGCAAUAAUAAGCCAGCUGGCGCAAGUUGGCGCCGGUGAGCAGAUCUUCAGGGAUGUCGUCCAGCGCACCAUUUUGGACGCCGUACACAAGGGGCUACGGAGCAAGACCGAGAGCGUGCAGCAGGAAUACACCACCGUGCUCGCCUGCCUGGUGAAGACCUUUCCCUCAAAGAAAGAGUUCCGAGACCUGGUGCAGCUCGCCGACUACAAUGACCCCGAGUCUGACUUCUUUGAGCACAUGAAGCACAUACAGAUCCACCGGAGAGGUCGCGCCCUAAGAAAGUUGGCCAAGCAGCUGAACGAGGGCACGGUGGUGAUGUCGCCACGUUCUCUCCAGUUUUACAUCAUGCCGUUCGCCAUGACGGCGCUGUUGGAUCAGAAGAUGCUGAAGCACGAGAACAUGACUUCCGCGUCAGUGGAAGUGGUGGGCGCCAUCUGCCGCCGGCUGACGUGGUCCAAGUACCUCAGCCAUCUGAAGAACUUCAUCCACAUCCUGCAGACCUCGCAGAUUGAGCAAAAGCUGGCCGUCAGUUUGCUGGUCACCGUCCUUGAGGCGUUCCACUUCGACUACGCGACCCUCAACAAGGAGAUUGAGGCUGCCAAAGCCAGAGAUGCGAUGGAGGAGGAGGAGGAAAAGGAAGCGGCGGCCGACGAAUCGGAGGCGAGCGAUAAUGAGGAAGCCAUGGACGUAGACAGUGAGCAUCCUCCAAAAGCUUCCAUGGAAACUGCCACCUCCAAAGAAGCUACUAAAGGAAAGAAACCUUCAACUUCCAAGCCGGCGUCGGUUUCCUACGGGCUGCCGCAGAGCCGAGAGGAGCUGGAGUCGCUCAUCAGCGGCAUCCAUCAGAGCGUUAAUGGCAGCGUGUUGCCCCGCCUUCAUAAAUGUCUCACGGCAAAGGUCCAACGUGACGAGGAGCACAAGGCAGUGAAAUCAAAGGGCUUGAAGGAGGAGGAAGUGCUGCGCAUCCCCAUAGCCUUCGCCAUGGUCAAACUGAUGCAGACUCUGCCGCCGCACGUCAUGGAGACCAACCUGCCCGGGGUCCUGAUCAAGGUGUGCGUGGUGUUGAGGAACCGAUUCCAGGAGGUCCGCGACAUUGCCCGCGGAACCCUGGUGAAGAUCAUCGAGACGCUGGGCUGCCGGUACCUGCAGUACCUGCUUAAAGAGAUGCAGGGUUUCCUGGUCAAAGGCUACCAGGUCCAUGUUCUGACAUUCACCGUGUACCAGCUGAUCUCAGCACUCAGUCCAACUCUGAAAAGCGGCGACCUCGACCCGUGCAUGAACAUGCUCAUUGACAUCUUCAACAAUGAGCUGUUUGGCGUCAUCGCCGAGGAGAAAGAAGUGAAAGGCAUCGUCUCCAAGCUGAUGGAGGCGCGACACAGCAAGAGCAUGGACUCCUACCAGCUUCUGGCCCAGUUCUGCAGCAAGGAGAGCGUCACUAAGCUUAUCCUGCCCCUGAAGGAGAUCCUUGAGAACUCCUCCAGCCUGAAGGUGUGUAACCGGGUUGCAGCGGUCCUGCGGCGCCUCAUCCAGGGUCUGCUGGACAACACCGGCCUGACCUUCAAGGACGUCCUGCUGCUGUCCCACGGCCUGAUCAGCCAGAGCCUGCCUCUGCUCACUAAGAAAGACCGGCAGAAAGCAUCCGUCCAGGCUCCGCCAGACCCUCGCCUCCCUCCCCCCAGCUGCCUGCUCCUGCCACCAACCCCCAAAAGGGGUGGCAAUAAAGCUCCGGUUAGCAGCCGGACCAACAUGCACGUCCUGGUUGAUGCGGGACUAAAGCUGCUGCAUAUGAGCCUAAAGAAAGCUCAAAUGACAGAAUCUGAGGAGUCGGUUCUUCGGAUGUUGGACCCCUUCGUGUUGCUUCUGCUGGAGUGCCUCAACUCCAUGCACGUGAAGGUGAUCAUUGAGGCUCUGGCUGGCUUCGCACGGCUGCUGAAGUUCCCUCUGCCGGCCUUGAAGAGAAACGCCAGCCAGCUGAUAAGGCAGCUGUUUGUCUUGCUGAAGGACUACUCCAAGGCGGGAGCCGCCCACGGGGAGAACUACCACCUGGUCCAGAACUGCUUUAAGACAAUCACCAUGUUGGUGAAGAACAUGAAAAACAGCGUCAUCUCCAAGGCGCAGCUGCAAGUGCUGCUGGGAUACGCCGAGGAGGAUAUUUACGACCGCUCACGGCAGGCCACCGCCUUCGGCCUCCUCCAGGCCAUUCUGUCCAAGAAGCUGAUCGUGCCCGAGAUGCAAGAUUUGAUGAAGAAAGUGGCCCAGCAGGCCGUCAGUGGAAACACCUCCAUGAUCCGAGUCCGCUGCAGACAGAUCUACCUCAAGUACCUGCUGGACUACCCUCUGGGGAAGAAGUUGCUGGAACACAUGCAGUUUAUAGUGGCCCAGCUGACGUAUGAGCACGACACGGGCAGGGAGUCGGCCUUGGAGAUGCUGGCUCACAUUUUCCAGACCUUCCCUCAGAAAAUACUGAUGAACUACACAGGCCUGGUUUUCGCUCCGCUGGCACUCGUCGUCGUCAACGACGACUCUGCGCGAUGUAAAAAAAUGGCCGCCAUGGCCAUCAAGUCCUUCCUCGCCAAAGUGGACGCCAACCAGCAGAAAUACUUGUUCUCUUUUGUCAGCACCUGGCUGAAAGCGGACAAGGUGAGUCUGCGGCGUCUGGGCACCCAGCUGUGCGGUCUGAUCGUGGAGGUGGAGGAGGACAAGUUCGCCAAACGCCUCGACGACCUGCUGCCCCUCCUGGAGAACGCCAUCCACCCCGACAACUAUGAUGACAUGGAGGAAGAAAAGGAGGAGAGAGGAGCAGACAGGUUGCUCUUCAGUUACCUCACUCUCAUCACCAAACUCACCCAACACUGCGGCCUGCUGGAGCUCGCCACGCCGCAUCACACCCUCGCCCAGAUUUGGGGUCACAUAGAAGCCCACCUGCAGCACCCUCACUGCUGGGUGUGGCUCACCGCCUCGCAGCUCUUCGGCCAACUCUUCGCCAGCUGCCGAGCCGAGGAGCUGGUGGCGUUGUGGAAGGGAGGGGGCGGGGACUCCCCUCCGCCAGUGGCCGUCGCCUUCAUCACCACCAAUCUGGACAAGAAGAUGAGAGAGUUGGCUUUAUCUUUCUGCCAUCAGCUGCAGUCCAAAUUCCUGGACACGGCGUCUGGUGAGCAGGUGGUGAAGAACCUCCUCUUUGUGGCCAAAGUCAUCUUCCUCCUUGCCCCAGACUCCCAUAUAGACCCUCCUCGGGGGGGAAUGCAAGCAGGAGAGGAAGAGGAGGAGGAAAGUAAGGAGGAGGAAGAAGUGGAGGGAAAGGAGGAGGAGGAAGAAAAGGAGGAGGAGGAAGAAGAGGAGGAGGAAGAGGAAGAAGAGGAGGACAAGGACAAUAAACCUCCAUCGCUACUGUGGCUGAUGAAGAAGCUGUCACUGAUGGCCAAAAGAGAAGCGGCACAUUCACCAAAAGUCCCCCUCCAGAGAACCUGUGUCUUUAAGUUCCUGGGAGCCAUGUCCAUGGAGCUGGGGAGGGAGCGGCUGGGCCCUUACUUGAAAAGCAUCAUCACUCCUCUCUACAGAGAACUAGACAGCACCUACGCGGACCAAGACCCCACCCUGAAGAACCUGGCGCAGGAGCUCAUCAACCUCUUGAAGAAACAAGUAGGACCGGAAAAGUUCUCGCUGGCCUUCUCGGCAGUCCAAAGGCAGUCCACGUCCAGGCGGGUUGCUCGCAAGCGACACCGAGCCCUGCAGGCGGUGACCAACCCCGACAUCGCCGCGAAGAAGAAAAUGAAGAAGCACCAGAAUAAAAUGGAGGCCAGAAAGAGGAAGAUCGAGAUCCUUCGGCCUGGAUAUAAAGCAAAGAAGCACCGCAGCCACGCCCUCAAAGACCUGGCCAUGGUGCAGUGAGUCCAUGCUCAGCUUGAUAUCCUCAUGUAGAUUGUUUAUCAUGUGCAAUUCUGUCUUUUAUAUAAAUCACCCCAACACAGUUGUUACAAUCACCAAAAAGUCUUUACUGUGGAUCAUUGUCACUGUACAAGCUGAUAUAAAUAUGCAGAAGAGGUGAUUAAACUAGUAGAAAUGUGCACAUUACAAAAUGAUGAAGGGGAAAAAAGCAAGGAAAGGAAGAUGGUUGGCCUGGGACUUGUAGUGUUGGCAGUGAGGGAGUGUCUACAUGAUACUGUAGAGUAUGCAUGGUGCAACACUGCCUCCUGGUGGAUCUUCAUGGCAUGUCUAGCAUGAGCCUUAAAAGUACUUGUGAUCUGCCCAGCUCAAGAUUCUCCUCACACACACACAAAAUCAUAAAUGAGGCCUUUUCAGUCCAAGGUUUGGCCAUAGUAGACUGGAAAGUAAUGUCUGUCACAAGGAAGGGUCAAAGUUCAGGAGUAUUUACAUAACGGGUGGGUCUUUUUUUUUUUUCUUUACUGCCGACUCUUGAGCGAAUCCACCAGCCUGUGAAGAAACAAAAAAGGUAUAUAAAGGCUUACUAAAAUUUACUACUACCCACCACACAGUCUGAUGGUUUAUAUAUCAAUGAUGAAAUUGCAACACAUGUCAAUACGGCCUUUUUAGUUUACUAAAUUGCAAUUUUAAAUUUCCCACGUUUCAAUGACGUUAUGUUGACGAUAUUGGUUGGAGCGGACAUUUUAUCACACGGCUAAAAGUCAUUCGAUUUAAUCACAUAAUUACACAGUAUUUUGGACAUCUGUGUUGCUGAAUCUUUUGCAAUUUUAAAGGCCUACUGAAAUGAGAUUUUCUUAUUUCAACGGGGAUAGCAGGUCCAUUCUAUGUGUCAUACAUGACCAUUUCGCGAUAUUGCCAUAUUUUUGCUGAAAGGAUUUAAUAGAGAACAUCCACAUCUUUUGGUCGCUGAUAAAAAAGCCUUGCCUGUACCGGAAGUAGCAGACGAUGACGUCACCAGUGUGAGGGCUCCUCACAUUGUUUAUAAUGUGAGCCAUCAGCAGUUAGAGCUAUUUGGACCGAGAAAACAACAAUUUUCCCAUUAAUUUGAGCGAGGGUUAAAGAUUCGUGGAUGAUAUUGAUAGCAAAGGACUAAAAAAAAAAAAAGCGAUUGAUUUGGGACGGAUUCAGAUGUUUUUAGACACAUUUAUUAGGAUAAUUCUGGGUAAUCCCUUAUCUUUCUAUUGUGUUGCUGGUGUUUUAGUGAGAUUAAAUAGUACCUGAUAGUCGGAGGGGUGUGUCCACGGGUGUCUUAAGACCAGUCUCUGAGGGAAGUCGACGGCAGUUGCAAGGACGGAGCAAGCUCAGCUGAUCUCCGGUAAGAGGCGACUUUUUACCACAAUUUUCUCACCGAAACCUGCCGGUUGACAAGUGGUCGGGAUCCCUGUUUGCUUGACCGCUCUGAUCCAUAGUAAAGCUUCACCUCCAGGAAUUUUAAACAAGACACUUUAGCAACCAAAACACAGCCUUUGUUUGUUGGGUCCAGCGAACAUGUUUCCCGACCACAUGUCAACCGGCAGGUUUCGGUGAGAAAAUUGUCGUAAUAAGUCGGCUCUUACCUGAGACAGCGGCGCUUGCGUCCUCCUGCAGCAGCUGUCAAAAAGGCAGCUGCGACUUUCUUGGCUCCUCCAUGGCUUCCAUCAGAGAUACUGGCGGUCAACACACCCCUCUGACUUUCAGGUAUGACUUUAUAAUCUCACUAAAACAAUAGUAACACAGUCAGAUAAGGAAUUAUCCUAGUAAAUGUGUCUAAUAACAUAUGAAUCGCUCUCAUUUCCCUCGCCUGAUUUUUGUUUUUUUUCUAGUGCUUCACUCUAACUUUUUUCAUCCACGAAUCUCAAAUUAAUGGGGAAAUUGUUGCUUUCUCGGUCCGAAUCGCUCUUGUUGCUGGUGGCUAUGAUUGUAAACAAUGUGAGGAUCCUGAUAACCCGUGACGUCACGCGCACAUCAUCUGCUACUUCCGGUACAGGCAAGGCUUUUUUAUUAGUGACCAAAAGUUGCGAACUUUAUCGUCGAUGUUCUCUACUAAAUCCUUUCAGCAAAAAUAUGGCAAUAUCGCAAAAUGAUCAAGUAUGACACAUGGAAUGGACCUGCUAUCCCCGUUUAAAUAAGAACAUCUCAUUUCAGUAGGCCUUUAAAGGAGGCCUUGGUGGUUGUAGUGUUGAAUGUAGCCUACCACUCCAUGGCCUCGUCCAGGCCUGUGCCCUUGGUGGCUGAGGUCUUGAAGAUCUGCCACUUCCUGUCUUUGAGGGCGGGAAGACCCAGUGCGUUGGCCACCUCGGCGGGCGUCAUGGCCUGGUCCAUGUCUUGUUUGUUUGCAAACACCACCAGGAUGGCCUUCUUCAGCUCCUCCUCCUGGACACAAGCAACCAUGACGACGCCGCUAAGCCACACCCCCACCUCAGCCACUCACCUCCAACAUGGCCACAAGCUCAGACUUGGAGAUGCCCAUCCUGUCGCGGUCGCUGCUGUCCACCACGUAGAUGACGGCGUCUGUGUUGGAGUAGUAACAUCUCCAGUAGGGCCUGUGAGGAGGAGGAGGAGGCAGUCAGCUGAGGAGAACCCUGCUAUGUCUUCUUUUGUCAUGUACCUGAUACUGGUCUGUCCACCCAGAUCCCACACCUGGAACUUCAGAUUCUUGUAUGUGACCGUCUCCACAUUAAAGCCGAUUGCUGCAAAAAGAAAACCAACAAGCGUGUAAUAGUUAGUAGUAGUUAGUAGUAUCAAUCAAUGUUUACUUAUAUACCGUAUUUCUUUGAAUUGCCGCCGGGGCGCUAAUUAAUUUAAAACCUCUUCUCACUCUGGCGCUUACCAAAGGCAUGCGGUAAAAGUAAGCAUGCGCUAAUUAAUUUAAAACCUCUUCUCACUCCGGCGUUUACCAAAGGCACGCAGGAAAUUUAGGCCUGAGCUUAUACAUUUGAGUGUGAUGUAAGGAUACGAUCAUGAAAAGCACAUUUAAUUACAAAAAAAAAGUUAUUAUGGUCUUACCUUUACUUAUAAAAGAAUACCAUGCAGAGCUCUUUAUGAUCAAAAGCAUCGAUAGCUUGUUCAUAGAACUCUUAUCUUUCUUCAGUUUUAAAAGUCUGUGACGAGUUUGACCCGUCAGAAAUUCUAGGCAUAUGCUUAUUACUUUGCGAAACAAGUGUGACCUGGCGGAAAUUGUAGACAUGUACUAAUAAUAAUAAUAUUUUGUGAAACAAGUUUGAGCCGGCGGAAAUGCUAAGCAUGCGCUAAUUAUUUUGCGAAACGAGUUUGACCCGGCAGUAAUUCUAGUCAGGCGUAUACUAUAUACAUGGCAGCAAUUCAAGGAAAUACAGUAGCCCUUAAUCACAAGUGUCUCAAAGGGCUGCACAAGCCACAAACACAUCCGAGGUACAGUGCCCACAUAAGGGCAAGGAAAAACUCACGACCCAGUGGGACGUCGAUGAAAAUGACUAUGAGAAACCUUGGAGAGGACCGCAGAUGUGGGUAACCCCCGCCCCUCUCUAGGGGAGACCAGAUGCAAUGGACAUUGAGUGGGUCUAACAUGCUGAAAAGUGUUGAGAUGUGUUUGUUUAAAAACUGCUAAUAACAGAUCAGGGGUGUCUUAACUGACAACUCAAGUAUGGGGGAGACAUUUUGAAAUGUGUUUAUUUAAUAAAAAACAAAAAAAAAGCUAAA